UUACAAUCAUACGACGAGUAUUGGAGGCGAUUGAACCAGUACUUUACUCUCUUCACCCGCCAUCCAAUGAGUAACCACGUUCAUCAACAAAUAAGACGGUUCCUUGAAUAUAUAUUCCCGGCCGAACGCGAGAUUUCAAGGCGUGCCAAGAGCAAGUAUACUCUGACAAUUGAGGAAUAUGGACUUUUCCAGAGGUAUCUGUGGAAAUAUUCCUUCUAUUUCCGCUGCGGCAACAUGCUCGUUUAGCAAUCUAUAAUCAUGCUGUGGUCUUCAAUCACGGGAACUCGACCUGGCGUGCUUCUGCCGGAUAACUGUAGUCCUGACGCUUUAUCUCGGAACGAUGAAGACCAGCAAACCACUAUUACACCGAAACCGAAGAGACGGAAGCUGAACCAAACUUUCGUUAGCGAUCUGCCGGAGUAUGUCUCCAUUGAUCCCUCCCUAAAAACCGUCUGUAAGGAGGAUAUCGAACUCUUCUACCUCAGAAAUCCAGAAGGCGGUAGAGACGUCCCGUGCGCAAUUAUUACCUUCCGGAAUUUGAAGGGCAGACCAGAAGGCUCCGACGGAACACGAUUCUUCAUGCAUUGCGACUACCUGCUGACAUAUUGCCCGAUCUUGCACAUCGUGGCGAUGGCGUUCCGCGACGGGGCCUUCGAAAACGAACGACUAACACCAGAACUUUUCUGGCGACUUCGAGUCCCGAAACGUCUACCGAGCCUGCCUCUAAGAUGGAAGAAAGACAAACUGAAAUUUCCAGUUCUCCGUCGCAUGAAGCAAGCUCCUUACGGCUAUGAAGUAGACCAGUUCCUGCCGAUGAAGUACGACUCCAGUAAUAGCGCACUGAAGCAUAUCGGAGAAGGGCUAGGGUACGAGGACCUACCAACUCAUUACAACUUUCGACGCUAGGCUGCAAACGCGGUUAAUCGUAAGCAAUUUCGGAGAACGGUCCCUAUUCUACUUAUCCUACCUUCCUUUUUGCCCGAGCCUCCAUUACUUGAACUAUCGUAGAACUCGGCACUGAUAUCUACGCAGGUAAUUACACCGAGGCGGAGCGCAUGAGGGUCCUCGGUCAAUCUAGGAAUCGCGUUUUUAAGAAAUACUAUCA